AACAAAAUUGAAAUAUGGAGACUGUCAACACUUUCCUCCCAACAUUUGGACGGAUAUUUCUCUCUCUCUCUCUCUCUUCCACUCUGCCCUUUUUCUUCCCUCUCCUCGUUAUCAUCACUUACCCACGACAAAAAAAAAACCUCACCGGCGGCCAACCAUUCACUUUCCGGCGAUAUUACUCCGGCGACUUCACUGUUUACACUUCCUUCUUCCUUUCCAUGUCCGCCAUAACUCUUUACUCUUCUCCGGUUCCCUUUCUUUCUCAAUCGCCGACCAAACCUAGUAGAAAACCAAAAUUGUAUUCAUCCGAUUGCCACUGCCUUUCGAUUUCGUGUAGUUUCACUAGAUUGUGGCCUUCUUCUCACUGUUCGACGUCGAAGAAUUGGAAGCCGGUGUGUAAUGGAGCUUUGUCGACGUUUGCUUGCUCGACUUCUCCGUUCAUUGGGAGAGUUGGCUCGCGGAUUCGGCUGGGGAAUUUCUCGCUGUUGUCCUUUGGAUUGAAUUCCAAUGCGGCGGCUGAGGCUGCCGGUGGUGAUUCGUCUCAGCUUUUGUCGGCAUUGCUUCCUUUUGUGGUGCUUGCUACUGGAAUUGCGGCUUUGGCUCGGCCUUCUACUUUUACUUGGGUUCCUAAGGAUCUCUAUGCCCCAGCUCUUGGUGGGAUAAUGCUAUCUAUUGGGAUUAAGCUUUCUAUUAAUGAUUUUGCUCUAGCAAUUAAGAGGCCUGUACCACUCUCUGUUGGGUUUAUUGCUCAGUAUGUUUUGAAACCAGCUCUUGGUGUAUUGAUAGCAAGAGCAUUUGGCAUAUCUCCAAUGUUCUAUGCAGGAUUUCUUCUCACAGCCUGUGUUGGUGGGGCGCAGCUAUCAAGUUAUGCCAGUUUCUUGAGUAAAGGAGAUAUUGCCUUGAGUAUUCUCCUUACCAGCAUCACCACCAUCUCAUCCGUGCUUCUAACACCUCUAUUGACUGGAAUUCUGAUCGGUUCAGUUGUUCCGGUUGAUGCAGUUGCCAUGUCAAAGUCAAUAUUGCAGGUUGUUCUUCUUCCAGUUGCCCUUGGACUUGUCCUUAAUUCUUAUGCAAAGCCGAUCGUAGCCGUUCUUCAGCCUGUGAUGCCGUUUGUUGCAAUGAUCUGUACUUCAUUGUGCAUCGGUAGCCCUCUUGCUAUAAACAGAAGCCAAAUUUUGUCGAUAGAUGGAGCCCGGUUGGUUCUUCCAGUUUUAGCAUUUCAUACUUUGGCAUUCACUUUGGGAUACUGGGCAUCGAAAAUCCCAAUCGUAAGGCAAGAAGAAGAAGCUAGCAGAACAAUUUCACUUUGCACAGGGAUGCAGAGCUCCACUCUAGCAGGGCUUCUUGCUACUCAGUUCCUCGGGAGUACUCAGGCCGUUCCACCCGCAUGUUCGGUCGUCGCCAUGGCCAUCAUGGGCCUUUGUCUAGCUUCAUUCUGGGGCAGUGGGUCUAAAAUUAGAGACUUGCCAUCUCUUUUGAUACAGAAAAGCAGUUCCAUAGUCAGUGCUUCUUGAAUCUACUUGAAUUAGCAACUCACCCAUCUCUUAAAAGUGGUUGAAAAGUCUCAAAAUGCAACAGCAAAAAGUCCAUUUGCAGGCAAAGGAAAAGAGUUCUUCAACCAGCAUAUGUGAUUCUCAGGUACCAUAAUAAAAGAUAGCAGGAAAUAAAUUUACUCUGUGUAAUGUUCAUAUGAUACAGGAAAGCUCAUGGGCGCUACCAUGAGAAUGAGGCAUAAAAAUAUAAAGUAUCAUGAUAGUUAUCUAAUAAAAGUAAGAAAGAAAAAAGUGGAUUAUCAUCAUUUCAGUUUAUAGGAUGUAUUAUUUAUUUGUUUAGAAAAUAUAGUAAAUACACACUUCUUAAUCAA